CGUGGUAUUUGACGCUUAGGGCUCAGACUGAAGCCUCUCCCCCUCCUUCUGCUUCCUGGUUCACCGCUGUGAUGUGGAAUGUUGCUGAAUGUUUCCUUUCAGGAGCGACCGUCCAAACAGCGCAUUUAACUACUUAACAAUAUCAUGAGCGUUCGUGCUCGUGUGUAGUUACACCGCCGUCACACAGCUGAGAAACUUUGUGUUAUAGUUGUCGUUUCCACCACGAGCUAAAAUGUCGGCGUCGGAAGGAGCCAAAAACACGAACGCGGAACCGUGGGGAGGUUUUGAUGACAACAUUAUGAUUCAGGGCAGUGGCUCGGCAGUUAUAGACAUGGAGAACAUGGACGACACCUCUGGCUCCAGCUUUGAGGACAUGGGGGAGAUGCACCAGCGUAUGAAGGAGGAGGAAGAGGUGGCAGCCGAGGCAGCAGCAACCGAGGACGACGGCGGAGAGGAUGGAGAGUUCCUCGGCAUGAAAGGCCUCAAAGGCCAGUUAGGAAGACAAGUCGCUGAUGAGGUAUGGAAAGCGGGAAAACGACAGGCCUCGAAAGCCUUUAACCUGUAUGCUAACAUCGACAUCCUCCGACCUUACUUUGACGUCGAGCCCAUUCAAGUGAGGAACAGAUUACUUGAGUCCAUGAUUCCACUCAAAAUGAUCAAUUUUCCACAGAAAAUUGCUGGGGAGUUGUAUGGACCAAUGAUGCUGGUGUUCACUAUGGUGGCCAUCCUGCUUCACGGCAUGAAGACUUCUGGAACUGUUAUUAGAGAGGGCACACUGAUGGGAACUGCCAUUGGGACAUGUUUUGGCUAUUGGCUUGGAACAUCCUCCUUUGUCUAUUUCGUGGCUUACCUUUGCAAUUCUCAGAUCACCAUGCUCCAGAUGUUGUCUUUACUAGGGUAUGGUCUCUUUGGCCACUGCGUGGUCCUUUUCAUCACCUACAAUGUCCACUUUCACUCCCUGUUCUAUAUUCUGUGGCUGGUAAUAGGCGGACUUUCCACUCUUCGAAUGGUGGCUGUGCUGAUUUCUCGCACUGUGGGCAAAACGUCUCGGCUCAUUUUGUGCGGCACACUAGCAGCACUCCACAUGCUUUUCCUGCUCUACCUGCAUUUUGCCUACCACAAGAUUGUUGAAGGUAUCCUGGACACCCUAGAAGGCCCCAAUGUUCCCCCCAUUCAGAGAGUGGCCAGAGAUAUCCCGAAUGUGGCCAGUGUUGUCGCUAAUUCCACAGUGAGAUCUAUGGCUGUAGUCAUACAAUCACAGUAAUCACUUAUUCUGAUGUUUUUUCUUUGGAAUGGAAAACGGAAAACUGGUUUAGGUGCAACUAAACUGGGAACGGACGAGUAGCAAAUUGAGUUCACACCUAGCACUUCAGCUAGACAUCAAUCAGUUAGAUAAACAUAAGAUAUGGUCAAUAUGGUGGUUUGCCGAACCAUUUCUAAUCUUCACUGCACAUGCGUCUUAACUGUAACAGUUUCCUGAGAGCAGGAAAAUUUGCUCCAAGUUGCUUUGAUUGGCAUUGGACAUAGAAUUUGUAUAAAAAAAAUCAACACUAAAGAUGCAUUCAUGUAGAUAAAGUGCCAUUACCUUUGACUUUUCUGACUGAUGCAUCACACAUUUAUUUAAAGACUUGGGCUUUUAAACACAGUGAAUUGUAUUUGAUCUCUAAUUUGCCAGUUUUAUAAUCACCAUCUCAUCCUGUGUAAUUCCUGACAUUUUCUGCUAACUGGGAAUUUCUGAGGAAGACCUUCAAAAUAAGAGACUCUACUAUUGCAUACAUAAUUCUUGUUAGGAUGACGUUUUUCUUUUCUUUUUUUAUUAAGAUUAUAAUAACGCUAUUGAGAAAUUAUACAUAUGCAAUUGUACCUGAAAAUGCACACUUUUCAUUUCUGGCUGAUAAACCUGGUCUCAUUUAUUUGAAAAGAAUAGGCGUGUGGUUGGGGAGACAUCUUUCAGUGAAUUCUAAAUUCACCAUUAAUUAUCUUAUACAUAAACCUGUAUAUACUGCAGAUUUACAGGAGUUCCACUGAAAAAUCUGUAAAACUAGCUGUGCUUUUUUUGUACUUUAUUUUGUGAAAGAAAAUGUUUAUUGAUCUAAAAAGUUUUUACAUGCUGUUUAAGUUCAAUUCCUUUUUCCAAAAUACCAACUUUGAUUUGAUACUAAAAAAAUGUAACAUGAGGAAUAAGAUUUUUUUUUUCUCAAGCAGAAACAUAUACAGUCAAUUUCCAUAUUGUACUUUCUACUUUGGGCAGAAAUUAAUUUAGUAUAAGCAGUUUCUUGAUGCAUAUAUGCAUUGUAUUUAUGAAUUCCUUUGUGUAAUGUUUUAAAAUCGGUUUUAUUUGAACAGUUGUACUCCUCCUUAGAUUAUGUGGGAGGAACUGUGGGUGUGAGAUCCUGAAUAUCAAUAUGUGCUCAUUAUUUUGUCUUCAAUGUGGACUUUGUAUUUAUAGGGUUGUUGUACAGAGAAAACUUAGAAUAAAAGUAAUGUAUUAAAA